UUUACAGAGCGAUGGCAUCCGGAGACCGAUACUUUCCAUCUGCCCAUUGGUGAGAUGACCAUAACCCUGGAUGAUGUGUCUUGCUUGCUUCACAUUCCGAUUACCGGUAAAAUGCUCAACCACCUUGGAACGUCAUGCACAGUUGAAGAAGGUGAAGAUAUGUGUUACGAGUACCUAAACUUCUCAAGAACUGAAUGCAGAAAGGAAUUUAAAAAAAAUGAAAGGAGCACAUAUUGGGUUUUUCAUGCUGGAUAAGAUAUAUACGGAAAAUAUGAAAGCCGUGGUGCGAGCUGAAAAAAAAAAGAUGCCGAAUGAUAAAGUGCAGCAUUUGAGGGAAUGCACGAUUAGAUCAUUUUUACUGUACUUGCUUGGUGCAACACUUUUCACCAACAAAAGCAUGCAGUAUGUAGAUGUCAUUUUCCUGACUUACUUGCAAGACAUAAGUUUGGUUAACACAUGGAAUUGGGGUGCUUCUGGGUUGGCUUAUAUGUAUAACUACUUGGAUGCUGCAAGUCGCCCGAGAUGUGGAAAUCUUGGUGGUUACAACGCCAUGUUUCAUGCAUGGAUUUUGUCGCAUUUCGAGAGGUUUGGAUCGCGAUAUGUUGACGUAAACUACAGCCAUAAUGAUCCAAUUGCGGCCAAAUAUUAUCCAUUUAAAGGUGGAAAAUAUCCAACUGAGCAUAGGACCACAUUGGGACACCAUUUAAUCAACUCAUCUCGCUCCUUGCAAUACGGUGCUUCAUAA